UGGUAUUUGUAUAAAGUUGAGGGUGACAAUGUGGAGAUUUAGGCAUAAAAUAGAGAACCUGUAUUGAGUUCUUCCAAAAACCUUCUCUUUCUAAUUCACCGCAUCUCCGAUUCAUCCCAGAAUUUUUAGGAACAUUCUGCUUGAAGGGCGAUAUCAACUCUGUGAUAGCAUUUCUGAAUUAUAACUGCUUAUAGUCAAUGUGAUCAAAGACGACAAGCACAAAAAGCUCUAAGGUUUGUUGGGGCUUUAAGAACAAAGCGCAAAUAAAGCAUGAGCCUUAGUGCAGGAAGGUGCAAAUGGAUAGAAAAUACAAAUAUCUCAAGCUUGGAGAGUUUUGAUACGUGAUGGUGAAUGCAGUCAAAGGAUUGUACCUAUCAUGUGAUAUACCUAUGGCUCAGUUCAUUAUCAAUAUGAAUGCUUCAUUGCCACAAUCACAAAAGUUCAUCAUACACGUUCUGGACAAUACACAUCUGUUUGUUCGAUCUGAUAUGGCUGGAAUGAUUCGUAGUGCUAUUUCAGAUUUCAGAGACGCAAACACAUAUGAGAAGCCUUCUUAGUGCUGUUUGAUGAAGUUGAGCCAUCCCGUGUGUGCUCACCAGACGCCUUGUUACCAUGUACAAUAAUUCCUAGUAAAGAAGUUUACCAUUUUCGUGAAAGGAACAUAGUAUGUUUCCUGCUGUUCUUUCUGAAAUGAUUUGUUACUUUUGACAGAGGUAGUAGUUAUGGAAAGACAUUUGAAGUUUUCAACCUUCAAUUUGGCAACACUGCAAGUGAUAUCGUAUUCUAUUUCUGGACA